UACGUGUGCGCGUGAAUUUACCAUCAUUGCAAAUUUUGCAAGGACAGAAAGUGGACGCACGAUAGAUAAACAUCGGAAGGGUCGCCAAACCCUGCCAGAUUUACCCCGAUUUCGGACCGGACCGGCCAACGACCGCGGCAAAGCAUCGCAAUGGACGAUCUUCUGAGUGGAAACAGUCUCUACGAGGGAGAAGAGAAUGAUUUCAAGUACAUUUUGGACUCGGAUGUGUUUCACAAUGUGCCUCUGUCUGAGCAGCUUGAAGACGUCCAUAACGACAAUUGGUUCCACACCCUGUUUGAUGACCCCAUGUUAUGUGACAAGGAUUUUGGGGCCCCCUCACCGACCCCUCACAUCCAGGCAGAGCACAGCUACAGUCUCAGCUCACUCAGUGAGCCGGGAUCUCCUGUUUCUAGCGGCUUUACUGAAGAUGAAUUGGACUCCUUUGAUCUCCCACUCAUGGACUCUGAGACUGACCUCCCUGUUAUCAUCAAAACAGAACCAGUAGACAACCUCACAGACGCCCAAUACAUCCUGAAGGAGCCUGUCCCUAAAGUGGUCUUCCCAACAACCAUGACUGAAGGUAGUUACCCUGGUGGAGUUAAGCCAACUCAGACCAUCAAACCAAAACAGGGUGGGAUCAAGAUCAAACUGGAACCAAUGAUGCUGGAUAUGAGCACAAACAAUGGACUUGAUGGCUUUUGCCUACCACCUACCCCACCAAGCAGCACAACGAGUGACAGUGAGGGUGGUAACAGCCCCGCCCGACAAUCCUCAGAACCUGGAAGCCCACGACCAAUGCCGACAUUCGUCAAGAAACACGACCUUCACUCUCGCAUGAUCAGCACGCAGCCAAUCUUCACCAACACACAGAGACUGCCCCAGUCUGGUCCCCUCAUUCUAACUGAAGAGGAAAAGAGAACAUUGACAAUGGAAGGCUACCCAAUCCCAACCAAGCUCCCUCUGACCAAAGCAGAAGAGAAAUCACUCAAGAAAAUCAGGAGGAAAAUCAAAAACAAAAUUUCAGCACAGGAGAGCAGACGGAAGAAGAAAGAAUAUGUGGAAGCUCUUGAAAGAAAGAUGGAAACAUACACACAAGAAAACUCGGACCUCAAACGGAAACUGCAGUCCAUGGAAUCAACCAACAGAACUCUGGCAGCACAGCUACAGAAGCUACAGAGUAUUGUCAACAAAGUGACCAAACCACUCAAAGCCAACUCAACUCAAUCCGGCACUUGCUUAAUGGUGCUUGUCUUAUGUUUUGCCGUCUUCCUUGGUGGCUGGUCCCCACAAUCUCUCUUUGGCAACUCCAACCUGCCCAAAAUGCCCACACCCCCUGGCCCACAAUACGGACCUCUCCCAAGCAGUUACUAUGCCAGCAUGCAUUACCAUGACAACCAGAAGAAAGAAGCUAAGAUUGCUGGUCAAUCUGGCGCCCCCUAUGGACCGGAGUAUCAUUCAGCUUACUAUGGCCCUUACGUCUCUGCAAGUGUGCGGUCCUCCAGAAUGCUCUAUUCCUACGAUGAAAAUGAACCCGACCAGAAGCCAACCAAGGAUUACCCGUACAUGGAACGGAUGAACCCCCUCGACCACGGCCAAAAUAUCCUGAGUAAUAACAAGCCAUCAGUGCCGUCUCUCCAACAUCACGGCAUAGAUACCAACAACAUGGCCGCCGCAGGAGCGUUCCUCAGCAACCAAGGGUCACAGGUCAACAUGGCUGAGGCUCAUGGAUUUGGCAGUCUGCAGGCUGUGAUGCAUCCCGAUAUUGAGGCUCAGUUGGUUGCCAUGGAGUCCGUGACAAGACUGACCAAUAAUUCCAAGAAUAAGUAACAGCAUCUCCCCUUGAUUAGUAAAAAUUGGAUUAGGACCAGCCUGUUUUCACAAAAUUGUGGAAACUAUUGUGGACGGUUUAGUUGCGCGGCUUAAAACAAAAUCCCUUUUGUAAGAUUGGUGCCAAUAUAAGUAUUAAUGAAAGUAAAGCAACCUGUAAAAAUGUUGAACAUGUGAAAUGCUAUUUAUCCUGCCUUAAGUUAAAAAGAAUGCAGCUUAUUGAAAUUUAAAUGACCCUAAUUUCCCUGUAGAGAACAUAAUUAAUAUAUUUUUCCUCUUUAAAGUCCUUUGUUGUGACAGUGAAAGAAAAUGCAA